AUGGGCUCCGAAAAAAGGCAAAUAAACCUCGAAAAAGACGACCCAGACAUACAGAAAACCAUUAUGUCGCAACCUAAACAAAAAAGGCAAGCCACCAAAGCCAAAAAACAUAACUUCUUUGGCCAAAAGGCAGCGCCGACCAAACAAACAACCCAGCCGCACCAACAAGAUGGCGGGGAGGAAUCACAUGACGGCAACCCCUUCACCGAACCGGCAGAUCCAACAAUGGAGGAACAGGUCACUAAACAGUUCCUAUUGGAACAAUUAGAAGUAUUCUCCAGCAAAAUGAUGGCUGGCUGGACGGCAGGCCUGUCAGGGCUAAAAAAAGACAUAGGAGAAUUGGGUGCUAGAACCUCCCGCGUGGAGGAAAGAAUGGAGGAGACCCAAGGCGCACACAACCAGCUAGCAGGACAAAAGGAUAAUUUGACCCAUUAG